CUCGCUCCUCAUUCAUCAAUCAGCCGAAACGUGUAGAAGACAAAGAAAGCUGGAACAUGUUUACCGGCCAUCGCGGCUCUGGUAGUGGGAAUGAGCUCCCACGAUUUGACACACACUCUAAUCGAGUCUUUCAAUGCUCUCGCGGAUGAAGUUCAGAAUUUAAUCGACAGAAAAACCAUUUUAGAGCACAAGCUGCGCUACGCUCGGGAACAGUAUCAGUAUCUUGCCGACAAAUAUGCCCCAGCUGAGAAGGCCGUCUCGGAGACUCUGGCCAAGCUGCAGCUCCCUCCAGAAACAAGCCAUCCGGCAUUAGCAAAUACAAGCCUUGUACCGCUCCCGAGACGUGGCGACAGGUCCGAUAACGCUCAGAUAGCUCUCUUCAUCCGGGAAGGAAGAAAGGUAGCGAGCAAACUCUCGAUUAUGACAGACCCGAGCAAGGGCAGUUUUUCAAGUAGCAAAGACGCCGUAUCCACAGGCGUGACCACACUUUCGGCGGCCAUGUUGGAGCAGGAUUUCACCGUGGAGGGGAAAAGGGGUCAGCUGCAAUGUCCCUUCUCGGCUUCACCAUCUACUGUUGCCAAAGACAAUAAAACUCAAGGUGAUGGGGCUCCCGGCCUGGACCGACCAGAUUCUAGUGGAAACGUCCAGGACCCGACGCCACACGCAUCUGCGGAUCCCAUUUGCGCCGCCAUGUUAGAAGAAACGACGUCGCAGCAGCCGCCGCCCAGCGCCGGUGCGACCAAGUGUCCGAUCCGUUUUCUGGAUCAGCACUCGACAGAGGAGAUCGCCCAUUACGUAGAGACCCAUAAACACGAGAUGCCGCGAAGUCACGAGGUUUGCAUCCAGAGGUACCAGCGAAACGAGGAGCAGAUAAGAAAGCUCGACGCAAAGUACGGCAGCCUCGUGGGGAUGAUUGGUGAUCUCAGUCAAAUACACAAACCAAUGCUGCCCAUUGGGGAAAUGCAAGAGGAGAUCGAUCGUGCCUCGAAUGAAAGAGUAGAGAAUUGGGCCGCCGAAGUCAGUGCCAACGAGCCAGAUGCUCCUCCCGAGCAGUUCGUUGUCUCUUUGGUAAAAGAAGGGACCACGGACAGGGCCCACGCCGACGACGACGAUCGUGAGAGCCACUUCGACCGGGUCUUGAAGGAAGUCCGCGUGGGCGAAUCACCCUCGCGCCCGUGGGGCAUAUCGGUCCCAAUUAUGGACGAUACCACUUUGCAGAACCUCGAGAGCGAGAGGCCCGUCAGCCCGCCGCCAGCGCCUGUGCAUAUGCCUCCGGGUGCACCGGGAACACCACCGCACCCCAUGGCCGCCAGGGCUGGUGCGGGAAAGUGUCCCUUUGAUCACACCAAGCUCAAAGGUAUGAGCCGGGGCGACAUGUCUGGUAUGAUGUCGUCCCCGUGUCCUCCCAGGACCGAUCGAUCACAUGUACGGGAGAGUGGCCGGCGACUGUCGGACAGUGUUACUGGAGCAGGCUUCAACCCCCGUGAUCACCACCCUCGCUCGUCAUCUUCCACGAUACCACCAAAAAAGCAGGAGCACCCAAAGACAGCCCAAGCAUCACGACAGCAACCUACUUUCAUCAACCCAUCGGGGCCUCUGCCCAAGGCAGCGCAUCAGGCCCCCCAGAUGGUUUUCACUGGGCCAGUGUUCAUUGGAUAUCCUAUUGAGCAGGCCAUUCAGUUCAUGCAACAUUUUCAGAACGGCGGGCAACAAUAAGACCGUCGAUUCCUUUCGCACAUUUUCGAUGCCAGCAAUGCUAUUUGUUUUCUAUUUUUAAUGACUUUUUGGGUUGGAGCGUUGGCGUUAACAGGUGUUUCUUCUUUUUCUAUGGAGGUUCUCAGGACUCGGUACUGAACAGUAAACAGACUCAGAAUGAAUAUUUCACAAUGUGAGAAGCCCUCGCAAUCGCGAUUUGUCCUAUAGUUUUUCGAUGUCUCUGUAUAAAGCCCCUCCCCUUCACUACCUACAGAGGCAUCUUGGGCGCCAGGCUUUGCCACAAAGCACACCUGUCGAUUAGAUACGUCAGCUCUACCUGGUCGAGCCCUUGAAAAUCGAUGUGUAACUGCU